CAACCAAUAAAUGCUUCAUGAAAACUAAUCACUUUUGGCUAAUCGGUCAUCAGAUACACUGCAUACGUCUUCAACCAUGUCAACUUCCUCCCCUUCAGCCUUCUCGCGGCAUGUUGCCUUAUCCAGUGCGCUAAGCGCGGUGACCCCGCACUCCACCGAGUCGUCUGUCAGCAUUCUCUGGACGAACAUCUGUAUCGCCUUCUUUCCCCUCGAGUCAGGUUUCAAGUUCUGCAGCAAACAGACUGUCCGGCGCCAGGACAUGGAUGUCGACUAUGUCAUAUUCCAGAUGUCUCUUGUCGUCCCCUCCAUUCCAGACCCGCAAGACGCCCCCAGCUUCACGGAGAAUGAUAUUUUGAUAGUGCAAUGCAAACGGCCCAGCAAGGAUACACCGGACGAGUGGGAGUCUGCAAGGCUUCAACUCGCCCAACAUUGCGAGGGGAAUACUAAUCCAACACGCCGCAUUUUCGGAGCAACGGCGAUCGGAACUAAAGUCAAGUUCUGGAGAUAUGAGCAUCCAACACUCGCACCUUUGUUUCCAAAGGUUGAUACCUAUGAUCUUCUUGAGGGACACUCUGGCUAUCAAGCCGAGCAGUGUCUGGAAUACAUGCGUGACAAUGGAUGGAACUGGAUCCAGUCGCCUAUGAGAGCAUGAGAAGCGUUGUAUGGUCCGGUCGUGAAGGCCGCCCGAGUUAGGCUUUCGAGGUAGAUAUCGCGUCAUGUAGGUUGAGCAUAUCUGGUCAUGCAUGCCUUACCAUCUCUCUACUAUAUUGUGCUCACUACCAUGUGCAAUUCAAGUCACGGGACAGCCACCGGUUUUCGGGGUAGUAAUCUCGGGGCCUUCGAUUCUAGUUUGGGGGAGCUUUUGAUAUCAUUGGGUUGAUCAAACUGCCUCGGAUCUUGCACUGAGAACAUGUAUCUGAAUAUAUGUGAGGUUCAUAAUGCACAUUCUUCCCAGUUCCCA